UAUCACUUCGCUUUGGGCUGGGUUGAGUUUUGUGUAGCGCCGUGCAUAACUAUGUGGAGUGCAGCCUUGGCAGGAGAUUAAUCUUAUCCACGUAAAUCUCUGUAUAAAUCCCUUUUUAUUUCACGACGGAAAUCUCAGAGAACACUGGUUUAUUAAACCUGCCUUUCAUAUAUAUCAUCACCUGUUUAUUCCGUUUAUUGAUCCCUCAAAGCUUUAAAUGAUGGUACUACAAGACUUGAAAAGCAUCAUUCUUUACACUCUAUUUAGAAUCUCCCGGUCAACCUUUGGAUCCCUAGGUCCAUCUGUUGUUAAAGUUGGCCAGAAAUAUGUUAUCAAAGGGCCGUGCAAUCUGCCAGAGGUUGAAGCGCUUUGUUAUAUCUCAGGACACACUACAAUUCCAGUUCCUCGAAUUCACUAUACAUACAAUGGACCCGGGGGCAUAUAUAUAAUAAUGGAGCGCAUUCCAGGUACAAACCUUCAAACUCUAUGGAUGCGCGGCCGCCUAGAACCUAAGGAAAAGGAAAAUAUUGUCAAUGAUAUGAUAGCUAUCUUGACUCAGCUUCGAACACUUACUCCCCCAAAAGAAGGAGUAGUUACAUCGGCCCAAGGUGAUGCUAUCCUUGAUUACCGGAUUGGGGGCCGACCAGUUGGCCCAUUUCAGUCACAUUCUAGCUUCCACACUUUUCUACGAGGUGGUGUUCUGUUAGAAAACACAGCUACAAUUUUUGGGGAAAAUAUUGCAUCUUGUCAUAGCAAUAAUUAUCAGACUUUCUUCACACAUGCAGACUUAGCUCCGCGGAAUAUCAUCAUUUGUGAUGGUAGAAUUGUGGGAGUUGUUGACUGAGCACUUUCAGGCUGGUACCCAGAGUAUUGGGAGCUAACAAAGAUGUAUUAUACUUCAUUUAAGGUGCUGGAAUGGCCUGAGCGCAUCAAAGAUAAGCUUCCUAUAUCAUAUGCAGAUGAGCUUGAGGCAGAACACCAUCUUUGAGAACUUUACAAUGAACCAGGAAAUCUUGUAUGCCA